UUCCAAUCUGUCAUCAAACAAUAUUCAGAAUCACAAUUACAGAAAAUUCUCAAUCUGACAUACAGUAAUCGUCAGAGCCAUUCUCUAUCGUUUCUGCAAAUAAAGAAAAUGGCGGGACAUGACCCGGAACUGAAGGCGGCGACGACAGCGUACCGGAAUGCCAAGGCCGAGGCGAACAGACAGGAGGAGGCCCGAUGGGCGAACGUGAUCGGAAAUAUAUUGAAGAAUAGAGGAGAGUAUGUGGAGGCCCUCAGGUGGCUUCGAAGAGACUAUGAGAUUUCUCUCAAAUAUUUGCCCGAGAAGCAUUUGCUCCCAACCUGUCAAUCUCUCGGGGAAAUUUAUCUUCGGCUUGAGCGCUUCAGCGAUGCUCUAACGUACCAGAAAAAACACUUGGAGCUCGCUAGGGAUGCUAAUGACCUUGUUGAGCAGCAAAGGGCCAGCACCCAACUUGGUCGUACUUAUCAUGAAUUAUUCUCAAGAUCAGAACAUGAUCAUCUCUCAAUACGAAAUGCCAAAAAGUAUUUUAAGUAUGCUAUGGAGCUGGCGCAGAUUCUUAAGGAGGACCCACCAACUAAUAAGUCUUCCUUUGUCAAAGAAUACAUUGAUGCACACAACAAUAGUGGAAUGCUGGAAAUGGAACUUGAUAACUUGGAAGAGGCUCGGAAAAUCCUAACAAGAGGACUAGAGAUUUGCAAUGAAGAAGAGGUCGGCGAAGAUGAUGAUGGACGCAGCAGACUCCAUCAUAACCUUGGAAAUGUAUAUAUGGAACUGAGAAUGUGGGAAAAAGCUAGAAAACAUAUUGAGAAGGACAUUCAAAUUUGUAACAAAAUUGAACAUUGUCAAGGAGAAGCAAAAGGCUACAUUAAUCUUGGGGAAGUGCAUUACAGGACUCAGAAGUAUGAUGAAGCACAGUCUUAUUAUGAGAAGGCGCUUACUCUGGCAAAAUCCUUGGAAGAUGAGGAUGCAUUGGUUAGGCAAAUUGAUGAAAACAUCAAAACUGUAAAUAAAGCUGUCAAAGUAAUGGAUGAAUUAAAGAAAGAAGAGCAGAACUUCAAAAAGCUUAAAAGAUAUUUGGCUGCUGCAAGAGGCUCAGCACAUGAGCGUAAAUAUCUUCUGCAGCAAAAUGCUUCCCUGGAUCGCCUUCUUGAGAAAUCAAGUAUGAUCUCUGCAUGGGAGAAGCAUUGCGAGUUUGCAAAGGAGAAGAAAGAAAUAGCAAAUGAAUUGUGUGACAAUGAAAAGCUCAGUGAUUCAUAUCUGGCUCUUGGAGAAUCAUAUCAGAAGCUCAGAAACUUCAAUGAAUCUAUCAAAUGGUACAGAAAGAGUUGGGAAAUGUACAAAAAAAUUGGUAACUUAGAGGGCCAAGCACUAGUGAAAAUUGAUAUUGGUAAUGUUUUGGAUUCUGUUCGCAAUUGGCAAGGAGCACUUGCUGCAUUUGAAGAGAGCUACAGGAUUGCUGUUGAAGCUAACCUUCCUUUUGUACAGCUUUCUGCCCUGGAAAAUAUGCACUAUAGCAACAUGAUAAGAUUUGAUGAUGAGAAUGAAACCAGGAGGUUGAAACUUUUAAUUGAUCAGCUGAAGAAAUCACUAGAUACAGACCCUGAACCAAGAGAUACAAAAGAGGAUUGUUGCUCUGAGACUGAUACUGAAGCUGAUGGUUAUCUUUCAAACAGUGGGUCUGAAUCAAAAAUGGCAACUGCUCGAGAAGAUUGGAACGAUGACAUGCCCCUGAUGUCAGUCUUUCAGUCCAGAAAAAAAUCAUCCCAAAAAGCAGGUUUCAUGGAAGGUUUAAGCAACUCUGUUGAGGAACCUCAGCAGUCACCUCGAAGUAUGCCAAAAACUACCAGUCAGAAGGCUGUUGGUUCUAAACGUGUCCGUGUAAUCCUUUCUGAUGAUGAGGAGGAAGAGAAUGUUGAUGAGAUGGAGCAUUUAAAGAGAAAGCCCCGUGAUUGUCAGUUACAGGACUUCUCUACUACUGACACAAUAAAGAGUAAAAGAAGUGGUGCCAGUCCUGCAGCUAAAAUUCAGGUUGUCUCAGAGUAUGGAUCCAAGUGUCCAAUUAACGUUGAAGAUAGCAGUAGUUCUUUCAAAUGCCGGCAUCCUCACAGUGCCACAAAAGCUGCCAGCUAUUCAAGAUCUCUGAGCAAUGAUUUAGUUGCUGAACCUGAUAUUGCCAGUGGUUCAAAAUGUGAUACGAGUAUCUCUGGCAAACUAUUGCACCACGGAGCCGCCUAUCCCAUGAGGCGUAGUUCUGAACGAGACCAAGAUAUUACGGUCAAGAUUGAAAAUGACCUGAUUUACAUAGAAGCAACCUCAUUUGUUGCUAGUGAUCAGUUGAAGUCUGAAGUUGCAUGCUUAUAUUAUCUACAGCUUCCUAGAGAGAAAAGAUCUGAGGGUUUGUUGCCCAUUAUUCAGCACAUAAGAUGUGCUGGAAGAGAUCUAGAAUCCCUAGAAACUGUCGAAAAUCUUAAGGAAUGCGUGGGAGAUGACAUAGUUGAAGUUUCCGUUGAUGGAUGGGUUCAGAAACGCCUAAUAAAAAUGUACAUGGACUGCUGCGAGGAGUUGUCCGAAGUACCAAAUCUCAAGGUGCUCAAGAAACUGUACAAUUUAGAGGUUUCAGAUGAUGAGAUUAUUGUGACUGAGUGCGACCUGCAAGAUUUGUCAGUAACUCCAUUGUUAAAUGCUCUGCUUUCUCACAAGAGAUUUGCAAUGCUUGAUCUCUCUCACAAUAUGUUAGGAAAUGGAACAAUGGAGAAACUUCAGAAAGUGUUCGUGGCAUCAGGCCAAUCUUACGGCGGCCUGACUCUGGACUUGCAUUGCAAUCGGUUCGGGCCAACCGCAUUGUUUCAGAUAUGUGAAUGCUCAGUCCUAUUUGCACGACUUGAAGUGCUUAACUUUUCUGGAAACCGUCUUACCGAUGCAUGUGGAUCUUACCUUUCAACGAUCUUGGAAAAAUGUACUGCCCUCUGUAGCUUGAAUGUAGAGCGCUGUCACAUCACGUCUAGAACUAUUCAAAAGAUGGCCGAUGCAUUGGACUCUAAAUCUGUUCUUGUACAGCUUUGUAUAGGUUAUAACAACCCUGUAUCUGGAAAUGCUAUUGUUAAUCUACUGACCAAGCUUUCUACUUUGCAAAGGUUUUCUGAGCUGAAUCUGAGUGGUCUAAAAUUAGGCAAACCGGUUGUUGAUACGCUUUGCCAGCUUGCAGGGACCAUUAGUUUAUCAGGAUUAAUGCUUGGAAGCACGGGAAUCGGAAAUGAAGGAGUGAUGCAAUUAACACGAUCAUUGUUCAAUGGGACACAAGAGCUUGUGAAACUUGACAUAUCAUAUUGCGGGCUUACAUCUAGUAACUUUUUUAGUGCAGGUGUUUCUUCAUUUUCUUCCAUUCUUGAGCUUAAACUGGAAGGAAAUCCUAUUAUGCCAGAGGGCAGCAAUACCCUUUCUUCUCUGCUAAUGAACCCACAGUGCUGUCUAAAAGUUUUAGUCCUUAGAAACUGUCAGCUUGGGCUUACUGGAGUUCUCCACGUCAUUGAGGCACUAGCAGAGAACAACUGCCUACAGGAGCUUAAUCUAGCGGGUAAUGCUGCUCCAAACGAACUUUCUUCUCUACGACAUGACUCCUCGAUAAAAGGGUGCUCAGAGAACUUGGAGCAGAAGCCAGAUACUCGUGAAUUAAGUUCUCCCAUGAAAGUGGACAAAACUAAAGAGGGUCUUGGCACUCUCAAAAAUGCUAAUUGUGAGCUUGAAGUUGCUAACAAUCAAGAUGAUCGGACGAGAAUAGAAACUGGAACUUCUGGAAUUGAUGAUAGUUGUGCCAGUUCAAGUCAAAGAAAUUCUUCAUAUCCUAAAUGCCAUUUAAUUCGAAAACUUUCAACUGCUAUUGGUCUGGCAAACAACCUGCAAUUACUUGACCUCAGCGAUAAUGGUUUCUCUGCAGAAGCUGCAGAACUUUUGUAUGGUUCAUGGUCAUCGUCAUCUUUGCGAACUCGUUCAAGUCACAAGCACAUUACUGAUGAGGUUAUUCAUUUCUCAACCAGCGAAAAUAAGUGCUGUAGAGUGAAGCCAUGCUGCAAGAAAGAUUGAUUUUGUUUCUACUGAUCUGAUCGUUGUGGCAAAUGCUCGUGUGCGGUUAUGAACGUUUCCUCGUCCAGUUAUUAUUUCUUGUUAUUUUUUUAAGGUACGUAGAGUUUUGCUCUAGCUUCAUUUGUUACGU